GUGGCGCGUCGCAAAAAGUCGUAGUGGAACUUCUCCGCGGUCCUGGCGCUUUACGGUGCCAGGUCCUGCUCAGCUGGGAGAUGUCGGCUGCAGUUCGGGCGGAGGCCUUGGGUCCUCCCAGCAGAUUCGCGAAGCGGGUCCUGGUGACCGGGGGUGCUGGUUUCAUGUAGGUAAUUGCGGCGCUGGCCGAACUCUAUCAUUACUUUUGUGUUGUUUCUCCCCAACUCCCAACACUUCCUCACUGGAAGCUGGAUUACUGUGCAAGUUUGAAGAAUCUUGAAACUAUUUCUGACAGACAAAACUACAAAUUUAUCCAGGGUGACAUAUGUGACUCUCACUUUGUAAAACUGCUUUUUGAAACAGAGAAAAUAGAUAUAGUCCUACAUUUUGCGGCACAAACACAUGUAGAUCUGUCAUUUGUACGUGCCUUUGAGUUUACGUAUGUCAAUGUUUACGGCACUCACGUUAUGGUAAGUACUGCCCAUGAAGCCAGAGUGGAGAAAUUUAUAUACGUCAGCACAGACGAAGUCUACGGAGGCAGCCUCGAUCAGGAAUUUGAUGAAUCUUCCCCCAAACAGCCUACAAAUCCUUAUGCAUCAUCUAAAGCAGCUGCUGAAUGUUUUGUACAGUCUUACUGGGAACGAUAUCAGUUCCCAGCUGUCAUCACAAGAAGUAGUAAUGUCUAUGGACCACAUCAGUAUCCAGAAAAGGUUAUUCCAAAAUUUAUAUCUUUACUACAGCACAACAGGAAAUGCUGCAUUCAUGGAUCUGGGCUUCAGACAAGAAACUUCCUUUAUGCUACUGAUGUAGUAGAAGCAUUUCUCACUGUCCUCAAAAAGGGAAAACCAGGCGAAAUUUAUAAUAUUGGAACCAAUUUUGAAAUGUCCGUUGUUCAGCUUGCCAAGGAGCUGAUCCAACUGAUCAAAGAGACCAAUUCAGAUUCUGAAAUGGAAAACUGGGUGGAUUAUGUUCACGACAGACCUACCAAUGACAUGAGAUAUCCAAUGAAGUCAGAAAAAAUGCAUGGCUUAGGAUGGAGACCUAAAGUGCCUUGGAAAGAAGGGAUAAAGAAAACAAUUGAAUGGUACAGUGAGAAUUUUCACAACUGGAAGAAUGCAGAGAAGGCACUAGAACCCUUCCCAGGCUGACCCCCACACCUGUAGUUCUGGACAGUUUUCACAGCGAAACUUACCCUACCUCAGCAAGUGGCACGAAAUCACGUGUCUGAAUGGCACAGUCCUCUCUUCAUCUGGAACUCGAUUCUUGACUUCUGUGGAAUUGAAAGGCAGAAAGCUUCAAUCUUGACAGGAGUUUCAAUACUAGCACCGCAUUUAAAUAUGUACAUCUUUCAGAAGCCUUCUCUUCUGGAGACUGGGACCAAGAGGCAGAGAAAGAGCCCUCUCUGAGGUUGGGGAAGCGCAAGGAAGGUCCCCAACUCUGAGGAAGCAGAGGGCACUAGGCCAGUCACAGCUGGGUCAGUGAGGCUUUUCUUAGGGACCUCACUCAGCUUGCAAACUUCCCAUUGCCAGAAAGUGUCUAAAAUCCUUUGUAAAUACUAUAGAAUGAGACCUAUGCCUUAAUUCAUCUUUUUUUAAGGUUUGAUCAUUGUUUUGUUUCAAAAAAUGGAGCAAAAUGGAUGCAUAUCUAGCACUUUUUGACUUUUGAUAAUUUUGUAAAAUUAAGUUAAUAUUUUAAAAGGAUGUUAUUUUUCAUUUUCUCAAAAUCAGUCACUGAACUAUAUAUAGAAGUAACUGGGUAUCAGAGAAAUUGUAUCAUGUAUCAUGUAUGUUGUUUAAAAUUAUUUAUAAAAUUAUCAGUAUUUUAAUGUAAUUUAAUUGUAGGCUAGAACUUUUAUUAAUAAUGUAUGUUUUUAUUUUGCUUUUCAAAAAAAAAAUUUUUAAAUACUUAAUCAUGUAUUUUUUUACUCUCCUCUCCCCUAAAGACUUUAAGAUCAUUCGAGGAAGCGACUGGCUGCAUUGCUAAAGAAAUAAGAGAAAUUGGGUACCUUGUGGCACCAUUGGCGGGAUGUAAAAUGGGAAAAUAACCUGUCAGGGCCUCGAGAACUGAGCAUGUUCACCACGUGCUCGAACAAUUCCACUUCUAGUACUUACCCAAGGUCAGUGAAAGUGGGCACUUGGUUCUUGGCCACCAAUGUUUAUAGCAGUCUUAUUCACAAUAGCCAGGGGUGGAAACAGCCCAAAUAUACACUUAUGGACCAAUGGCUAAAUCAGAUGGGUAUAUACAUGAGGCACUGAAAACAGAAAAUUCAUAGAGGCAUUGUAGAAUAGAGGCUUCCCUGGGGGGAGGGAGACUUCACAAGGGGAAAGGGAGGAGAGGCAAUAGUUAUUAUCUAAUAGGUACAGAGUUUCCGUUUGGGGUCAUAAAAUAGUUUUGAAAAUGGGUAAGACCAACAUGGAAUGACACUGUGAAUGUGUUUAAUGUCACUGGGUUUUACACUUGAAAGUAGUUCAGAUGGUUAGUAUUAUGUUGUGUCUGUUUUACCGCAACAAUAAUUUUGUAAUGUGUCUCCAGACCAGAAUAUCUGUGUCACUUAGAAAUCAGAGAAACUCUGGGUAUGGGUCUACUGAUUCUGAUGUACCCCAAUGUCUGAGAAACUCUAUAUUAUGAUACAAGAUGAGGUGGGGUGACACAAGAUGAGAGGAGUGAGAUGGUCAGGUGCACCCCCCAAAUGCUUGGACCUCUUCCUGCCUGCAGAACUAACUCAGGAUUCCAGGGAAGAAAUUGGUAUCAGUAGAUUUGUGGGAUUUUCUGUUUCCUAAUUUCAAAAAUACCUGUGCUCAUUGUAGAAAGCUGAGAAAACUGAAUAAUAUAAUGAAAAUCAUCCAUGAUCUGCCCCUGGAAGACAACCCACUCGUUCGUUUCACAUCUUGGAGCACAUACACAAAUUUCUAAAAACCAGAUAUGGGUUCAUAAUAGACAUGCUGUUUCAGAGUCUGCUUUUUUUUUCCCACUAAGUAAUAUAUCAUGAAUGUUACGAGAUCUUUUGCCAUUUUUAUUGACUCCAGAAUUAUGUUCUUGAUGGCUUAUUCUGGCAACAGCGUGAAAGAUGAAUUUAAGGGAGGCAAGAUUGAGCUUCUGCAGAUAUCCAAGUUAUGAAGCUGUUGCAGUAAAUCAAGCUGGCAGUGACAAGGUCUAAGCUACAGCAGGAUAAACAGGGUAGUGUUGGGGGCAGACGGGUAAAUUCUCUAGAUUAAAAAACUUGUUGAUUGAUUAUACAUGGGAGGUUCACUUUCUUGACUUCAUUGCUAUUGAAUUGGAAAGACUAGAGGAUAGUAAAUUAUAUUUGCAAAAUGUUGAGCUUUAGAGAUCUGUGGCAUACCCAAGUGGAGGAUCUAGCUAAAACAUGGAUGAGAGCAUUCACUGUUCAAGAUGCAUAGAUACAUUUUGAGGGGUUAACACGAUGAUUACUAACCUCAGUGUGUGUUAAAUCCUCCCCCCAGGAGAGGAUACAAAAUGUCAAGGCUGAUGGUAGCUGGCGCAACUCACAGGCCACCCAUGAGACAUGCCAAGUUCCAGGUUACAGGCAGAUGAAGUUUAAAAAAAAAAAAAGAUUAGAGCAAUGAAC